AACGUCAUUUUGGAGCGAAAGUUUUCGAAAGUUAUGGAAGACCAGCUGUUCGGAGAAUGUCUAUUAAAAUGGCCUAACUUAAGUCGCUAAUGAUACCUUCUUGAUAGAGUUUCAUACAGCGAUACAAUAAGGAAGCAUAAACAUGGAUGGGCUUGAAAUGUCUGCAAUGAUACCGGCUCUUCAGGAGCUAGCUAGUGCCAGUGCUGCUGAGUACGACUCAGCAGUACAGAAACCCCGGCAGAUCCUCUGCCAGUUCAUUGACAGGAUUCUGACAGAUGUAGAUGUUGUUGCUCUAGGUUUAAAUAAAAAGUCCAGUUCAGAGCCAGCUUGUGUGAUGCUGCUGGACUUCGUGCAACAUAUCGUCAAAUCCUCUUCCCUGAUGUUUGCUAAUCCUGCCUGCCAGCCUGCUGAGCACCCGGACACCAUACAGAGCUGCAUCGACUUCAGUAAGUGGGUGACGGUACGCUUGCUUCGCGUAGGAGCGGCUCCAGGCUGUGACGUCCUUCAUGGGCGAGUUUCUGCUGUGCUGUGCUCUUUGCUUCACUCUUUGAGGGUCCGGGUGCCCUUCAUCUUCAGCUGCCUCAUUCAGGAAUUCAUCUUAAUGGCCCAAGACCUCAGCAACAUCCUGUUUGCUCAUAUAGUCGCACUGUCAGGACCGGGACAUGACACUGGCAUUCACACGCAGAACCAGUGGCCUGUAAAGCUUGGGCGCUUCCUCUUCUCUGCCGCGUGUGCCUCCUACCUUACCCAGACUUCGCUUCUUCUCUCAUCUCCUGCUGCCUUAGAGUCGCUGACUGCUGUUGCUGUUGGUGUCAUAACCGACUCUCUAAGGGGAGUCGUUUCCUGUCGUGAUCUGACAGUGGCCUGGGAGACGGCCUGCUCCAUCUUGGCGAAUGGGAACUUCAGACUUAGGAAGAUUUCUAUGGUGAUGUUAAGAAAACUGGUGGAGUUGAGAAAAUUUGAUGAGAUCCAGAGCCACAAUUUCUUCACAACCUUUUUUCACCUUCUUGAAGCACAUGACACCUCAAAUGAGAACGAACCCUAUGAAGGAGAACUGCUGAAGCUCACCCGCUGUUUGUUUCAGUCAUCCUACAUUUCCCCCUCUGAUUUCGAGUCCAUCUACCUCUCGCAGAUGUUUGAGUGUGUUUGUGCUCUUGGAAGAGCAGGAGUUGAGCUCGGAUCAGAGCUUACCGAAUCUCUCUGCGUGCUCUUCAGCUUCUCGCUAUCAGUUGUCCCGAGUUACGAAGGUGCUGCUCUGCUAAGGAGGCAACAGGUGGCAGAUGUCUGCAGGACGCUGACAUGUACCAUUGGGACACCAAAUCAAUCUAAAUGUGCAGAAGGGUUCCUCCAAGCUGCACUGAAGGCUGAGAAAACUACUGUGAUGCAGAAGUCGGGAGAUGGAGAGACUCCUGCCAAGAGAUCCUGCAAAUCUGGCAACAGUGAGUUGGACAUGCGUGUUGGCAGUGAGGUUUGGACCACAUUAAAUCAUCGCCUUGAAGAGCUGCUGGCUCUUUUGAACUCAAACUCUACAGAACCAGAGAGCUCGCAGACCCUGGCCACCCUGCAGGGUCUGGCCCUUAUUCUCCACCUGGCAGCCUUCUGCUCCUCACCAAUCAGCAGUUCCUGUCCUCUCGUCUGGGUGUCCACGGAGACUAUGGGCCGGGUGCUGAAGAGCUGUCAGUCAGUUCUAGAAGGAGCCUCUCGACCCGUUUCUCAUCAGGACUACUUUAAGUCUGCUUUUCAGUCGACGAUCAGGAUUCUUGACUCUAUUCUCUACCUGACAUUGAACAGCCAGAUUGAAGAUGGGCUCCAGCGACGUGUAUGUGCUCUGCUGUCUCUUCCUUGGGUGUGUGAAAACAAGUCUGGCUCUGCCUUCAAGAGUUCAGGGUUUCCCUCCUGGCUGUCAACGUUGGCGCAGAGACUCAGCUUCUGUUAUUCACAUGAAGUCCAGGCAGAUUGUGUGUCGCUGCUGGCCUUUCUGCGUCCGGGUAUGUGUGAGAGCUGGCGCGUGUGCAUCUUCACAAACGCGUUGCGGAGUCAGGACGAGGCAGUGAGGGCCAGAACCAUCAAAGUCUUCCCCGUUCUGCUUCAUCACCUGGGACCCUCACACCACAACCUCAUCAGUUCAGCUCUGCUGUCUCUGUUGGAGGACAAGUCAGAGCAGGUGAAGGUGGAGCUCGCCAGGAUUGUUGGGCAGCUGAGCUGCAUCCAGUCGGAGCUCUCCAAGCUUUGUGACUCCAACGAAGACUCCAUGUGUCUUCCCAAAGUCCUCUGCCUUUGCUGGAGUCUUGUAACAGAGCAUGCUGAGAAUAAAGUGCCAUCCCUCAAAGCAUCUAUAAUUAAACCAUUUCUAACUUUAUUCAGACCACAAGCUGCCAGCUGUGUUAAACUAGCAUUUCUGGAAGCUCUACCUCACCUCUGCCAGCACGUGAAUCUACUCGCUGCAGACUCCCGGGCAGUUCUCUGUGCCCUGUUUGGUCUCCUCGAGGACUCCGAUCCCGCUGUUAGAACGCGUUUCAGCCAAUCAGUGCGUUUUCUGCUGACAGAACCUACAAAAACCUCAGAGCAGGGCACCCUGAAUGAGCUCCUGGUUGCCCGUCUUAAGGAGGCAUUCAGCAACGCUAAACUCAACAGAGACGACAACCUGCGUAACACUCUCAUCCUCACCACAGGAGAGAUUGGCAGAGCAUCUCAGGGUAGUUUGGUGUCCUUCUCUCUGCUGCGUCUGCUCCACUGUCUUCUGUCCAAGUCGUCCUCGGUUUCCGUGGCCGCCUACACUCAGAUCAGAGCGCUGGCCGCUGCCAAAGGCCUGAAGCUGCAGACCCUAUUCAGCCAGUAUAAGAAUCCCAUUUGCCAGUUUCUGGUGGAAUCGCUGCAUUCACGGCAUGCAACUGCACUGCGGAGCACUCCAGAUCAGACCAGCGAGUCCGCCAACCAGAGAGAGCUGGCUUUGGACAUCCUGGCUCAGAUCGCACAUGCUUUUGAUUUCCCAGACCUCCACCGCUUCCUCACUCGGACGCUCCAGGUGCUGCUGCCCUACCUGGCAGCUAAGGCGAGCUCCACAGGCUCCGCCCUCAUCCGUACUCUGGCCAUUGAGCUGAAGGCAAACAGGAGAGAGAUUCUGAUCAACAAUUUCAAGUACAUCUUCAGCCAUCUGGUUUGUUCGUGCUCCAAGGAGGAGCUGGAGAGAGCAUUUCACUACCUACAGAGUGAGACCGAGAUUGAGUUGGGUUCUCUGCUACGACAGGACUUCCAGGGUCUCCACAAUGAGCUGCUGCUUCGUUUGGGAGAACAUUACCAACAGGUGUUCAACGGUUUGGCCAUCUUGGCCUCCUUUGCAUCCAACGAUGAUCCAUACAAGGGUCCCAGAGACAUCACCACCGCAGAGCACAUGGCAGACUACCUGCAGCCCAAGCUGCUGGGGAUUCUGGCUUUUUUCAACAUGCAGCUGCUCAGCUCCAGUGCAGGAGAGAAGGACCGCAAAAAAAUGGCUUUGACGAGCGUGAUUGCUCUGAUGCGCCUGAUGGGCUCCAAACACAUCAGCUCGGUCAGACUGAAGAUGAUGACAACGCUUCGCACUGGUGUCCGUUAUAGAGAAGACUUCCCGCUGCUCUGCUGCCAGACGUGGGAGUGUUUUAUGAGGAGUGUGGAGCCUACUCACCUUGGCCCUCUUCUGAGUCAUGUUAUUGUUGCUCUGCUUCCCUUGAUCCCGCUACAGCCUAAAGAAACUGCUGCUAUCAUUCGCUUCCUCAUUCUGGACAACAGGGAAGAAGUAAACGACUACCUUCACGAGAUUUACUUUCUGCCCGAGCACCCGGAGCUAAAAGACAUUCACACGGUUCUGCAAAAUUACAAAAAGCUGACGGCCAGUCGCAGCGACCUGGCCUCUGCUCUGCAGCUGUCGAUGCGAGCUGUUCAGCAUGAGAAUGUCGAUGUAAGGAUCCACGCACUGACCAGCCUCAGGGACAUGAUGCACAGCAAACAGGAGUGGCUGCUGCGGCAGGUUUGCGCCAGUGAGGCGGUGGAGCCGGUCAUCUCCAAGCUGGUGUCGGUGCUUCUGAAGGGCUGCCAGGACUCGUCCCCGGAGGCCCGGCUCCUCUGUGGGGAGUGUCUGGGCGAGCUGGGGGCUGUGGACCCUGGACGUCUGGAUUUGUCCCACGCACACACCCACGGCGACCGCAACACCUUUGUGAGCGGGGUUGAUGAUCCUAACUUUGCCCAUGAUUUGCUGACUGAGCUCACCAGAACAUUUCUGGCCUACGCUGAUAACGUGCGAGCUCAGGACUCUGCGGCUUACGCGAUUCAGGAGCUGCUGUCCAUAUUCGAGUGUCGCGAAGGGAGAACCGACUCACCGGGCCGUCGUUUGUGGAGAAGAUUCCCAGAACAGAUCCAAGAAAUCUUGGAGCCUCACCUGAACAGCAGAUAUAAGAGCAGUCAAAAGGAGGUGAACUGGUCUAAACUGAAGAAGCCAGUGUACCUCAGCAACCGAGGCAGCAAGUUUUCUGACUGGUCUGCCACCUGGGCUGGAUACCUCAUCAGCAAGGUGCGACAUGAGCUGGCCAGCAAAGUGUUCAAAUGUUGCAGCUUCAUCAUCAAACACGACUACAAAGUCACGAUCUACCUGCUGCCUCACAUCCUGCUCUACAUGCUGCUGGGCUGCACACCUGCAGAGCAGCAAGAGGUAACAGCGGAGAUGCUGGCUGUGCUGACUGAAGGCGAUGGAGGGGCCAGUGUCCAGGAGACGGCCUCCAGCCUAUCACAGCUCAGCACUCAGACUGUGUUCAGCAUGUUGUCACACCUCACACAGUGGAGCCGCCACAUCCUUUAUGCCAAACCCAAAGUCACUGAAAGUGGUGAUUAUCAGCGUGUGGUGGCCUUCCUGAAGGGUAUUCUACAGGACGUGCUGGCUAAGGCCUCCCUACAAUCCAAAGCGUACACCCGGGCACUCAUGCACUUUGAAGCUUACAUCCUGGAAAACAAAGAGAACAUCCAGGACCACCUGAGCUUCCUGCAGACGCUGUAUGCGGCGAUGCACGAGCCUGACGGAGUGAGGGGGGUCAAUGCUCUGAGGAGGGAAGAGCCGUCGCUGAGGGAACAGAUACUUGAACACGAGAGCAUUGGUUUGCUGCGAGAUGCCACAGCUUGCUACGACCGGGCCAUACAGCUGGAAUCAGACCAGAUCGGUCACUAUCAUGGAGUGAUGACUUCUAUGCUCGGUCUGGGACAGCUGUCCACAGUCAUCACGCAGGUCAACGGCGUACUGGCCAAUAAGGAACAGUGGAAGUCAGAGCUGAACACCUACAGAGUGGAGGCUGCCUGGAAGCUUGGAAAAUGGGACUUGUUAGAAGAUUAUUUGAGUUCAGACCAGCAGUCCUGUACCUGGGGUGUGCGGCUCGGCCAGUUGCUGCUGUCGGCAAAGAAGCAGGACGCUGAGAGCUUCUAUGAGAAACUGAAGCUGGUGCGGAAAGAGCAGGUCGUCCCUCUGUCAGCUGCCAGUUACGAGUGCGGGACCUACCAGAGGGGAUAUGAGUAUAUCGUCAGGCUCCACAUGCUCAGUGAAUUGGAGCAUGCUUUCACUGAGCUGCAGGAAACUAGAGCCGGCUCCACCCCUGGCCUCACCAAGCUGCCUCCUCAUUGGUCAGACCGACUGGAGAUGACCCAGAAUUCUUUCAGGGCCAAGGAGCCGAUCCUGGCCGUGCGGCGAGCCCUUCUCAGUCUUAGACCACAGCCCGUGUGUCAGGAGCUGGUCGGAGAGUGCUGGCUGCAGAGCGCCCGGGUUGCCAGAAAGGCAGGACACCACCAGACCGCCUUCAAUGCUCUGCUCAACGCAGAUAACACAAACCUGGCUGAGCUGGUCACUGAGAAGGCCAAGUGGCUGUGGUCCAAGGGCGAUGUGCACCAGGCCCUGAUUGUCCUCCAGAAGGGCGUGGCCCAGUGUUUUCCAGACGACCAGCUGCUGACCGAUCCUCGCAGCCUGCAGAUUAAAGGAAAGGCCAUGCUGCUGGUCGGGCGCUGCAUGGAGGAGACGGCCAACUUUGAGUCCAACGCCAUCAUGAAGGCCUACAAGGAUGUGACCAACCUUCUCCCAGAGUGGGAGGAUGGGAACUUCUAUCUAGCAAAGUACUAUGACAAAGUGAUGCCAAUGGUGACAGACAACAAGCUGGAGAAACAGGGGAACCUCAUCCGAUACAUCGUCACAUUCUUUGGAAAAGCCCUCCAGUUUGGGAACCAGUACAUCUACCAGGCAAUGCCUCGCAUGCUCUCCCUCUGGUUGGAUUUUGGAGCUAAAGUGUGCGAUUGUGAGAAAGCUGGACGAGCAGACCGGCUGAUGCGACAGGAGCUCGGGAAAAUCAACACAGUAGUUGGCGAGCAUUGUUCUAAUUUGGCACCCUACCAGUUCCUCACCGCGUUCUCCCAGCUCAUCUCCAGGGUUUGCCACUCCAGUGAUGACGUCUUCACGGUUCUCAUGACCAUCGUGGCCAAAGUGUUCCUCGCAUACCCCCAGCAGGCCAUGUGGCUGAUGACUGCUGUCUCCAAGUCGUCUUACCCCAUGCGCGUGAAUCGCUGUAAUCUGAUUCUUAAGAAAGCCAUCAGCCUUAAACAGUCUCUGGAGAAAUUUAUUGGAGAUGCUAACAGACUCACUGACAAGCUGCUGGAGCUCUGCAACAAGCCGGUGGACGGUAACAGCACCACCCUCAGUAUGAGCGUUCACUUCAAGCAGCUGAAACGGCUGGUGGAAGAGCCGACUUUUAGCCAAAUCCUCAUCCCGCUGCAGUCUGUCCUCAUCCCGACACUGCCCUCUACUGGCGGGGCAAACACACAACAUGACGCCUUCCCCGGACACUGGGCGUACCUGGAUGGCUUUGAAGAUGUUGUGGAGAUUUUAGCCUCCUUGCAGAAGCCUAAGAAGAUAAGUCUGAAGGGCUCAGAUGGCCGGGGUUACAUCAUGAUGUGUAAACCUAAAGAUGAUCUUAGAAAAGACUGCAGGCUCAUGGAGUUUAACUGUCUCAUCAACAAGUGUCUCCGUAAAGAUGCUGAGUCGAGGCGCAGGGAGCUUCACAUCCGCACCUAUGCUGUGAUUCCCCUCAACGAGGAGUGCGGCAUCAUCGAGUGGGUCAACAACACUGCUGGACUGCGACACAUCCUUACCAAACUGUACAAAGAAAGAGGUGUCCACCUGUCAGGGAAAGAGCUGAGGAAGCUUAUUUUACCCAAAACAGCUGCCUUUGAAGAAAAACUGCGCAUUCACAAGGAGGUGCUGUGCGCUCGACAUCCACCUGUCUUUUAUGAGUGGUUCCUCCAAACGUUUCCUGACCCUGAAUCAUGGUACAGCAGUCGCUCUGCGUACUGCCGCUCCACCGCUGUGAUGUCCAUGGUCGGCUACAUCCUGGGACUUGGCGAUCGCCAUGGAGAAAACAUCCUCUUUGACUCUUUCACUGGGGAAUGUGUUCACGUUGACUUCAACUGCCUCUUUAACAAGGGGGAGACAUUUGACGUGCCCGAGGUAGUUCCAUUUCGACUCACCCAAAACAUGGUCCAUGCUAUGGGGCCCAUGGGUACCGAGGGCUUGUUUAGACAAGCCUGUGAGGUCACCCUGAGACUGAUGAGAGACCAGAGAGAGCCACUCAUGAGUGUGCUGAAGACCUUCCUUCAUGACCCGCUGGUAGAAUGGAGCAAACCAUCCAAAGGGCUGCUGAAAACCCAGGCCAAUGAGACAGGGGAGAUAGUUAAUGAAAAGGCCAAAACACAUGUGUGUGACAUCGAGCAGCGUCUACAGGGGGUAAUAAAGAGCCGAAAUAAAGUGCUCGGCCUCCCUCUGUCAAUAGAGGGACAUGUCCACUACCUCAUCCAGGAAGCCACAGAUGACAAAAUGCUCUGUCAGAUGUAUUUGGGUUGGGGUCCAUACCUGUAAAAAGAUUGCUACAAGUUUAUUAUUACUAAAGCGUCUUUUGACUGCUAAAGGUUAUAUUGUUUUGUUGAAGUUCUCAUUUUUGAAGAAGCCACCAUACAUUUGGAUUUUCUGUGCGAUAUUGUUUCCUUUUUUACCUGAACAGCUCAGUUGUAAAUAAAAGACUCUUCUGCUGGUAAA